AUGAUCGAAUCAAUCAUGUCGACAAAGGAAGACGACGAACGAGAAGACCAGGCCUACCACAGAGCAGCAACAAACAUGCGAAGAGCGCGAUAUUUGAAUUGGUCACUUGAUGAAUCUAUUAUUCCCAAAGAUAACGCCUCCCCAUUAUUCAAAUUUAUAACGUUAAAUGAAGCUGGAUUUUUAGUAGCAAAAGAAUUUUUUUAUUGCAAAAUUUCAGAUAUAUAUGAAUACUACCAACGUGACGGCGAUAGUUUAGGUGUAUAUGUAAAUUAUAUUGCGGCUCAAAUGAAAACUAAAGAAGAAUUAGAAGAGUUGCAAUCAUUUAUUACUAAAUCAUCACGUUACUUUAAAGAACCUGAUUUGGUUAUCAACCAGAUAACUGAGACUAUUACGAAAAACAUUGAAUGGACAGCGAAGUUUUAUAAUAAAAUAGUAGGUACAAAAUUAAUGAUGUUAUGAGUGGGCGCCUGAACACAGUUUGAUUUGUAUUAAUAACUGUACAGUUUUCGGCCACUUUGACAUAAUACCUAUUACGUAACAUACUAGAAAUGUUAAGUUAUUCCCAUUUUUAACUACAUACUUUUUUAAUUAUCUGACGUAAUUAAUAUUUUACCUAAUAGUUUAUUGGAUAUCUGAAUUAAAUUAGUCAUAUUUAAUCGUUAUCGAAUAUAUUCAUAACUAUAACUAUAACUAUAUACAUAUAACUAUGAAGUCUUAUUACUUUCUUUUAUUAUUAUAAAUAUAAAAUAAAAACAUGAA